AUGGAAGAAGUUCCCCAAGACGAGAGUGACACGAUGACUUUAAGUCCCGAGAUCAUAUCUGGCCUUCACAUAACAAGUGAGACGAAAGAGCUUUCUUUAUUCUCAUUAUUAAACAAAACUAAAACAGCGAAUGGUAAAAAGCUAUUAGAGAACUAUAUUCUCCAUCCCUUAACGAACAAAACGCAGAUCAAUUUUCGUCUUGAUUUAGUUCAGUCUUUUGUCGAUAAUUCGCCUGCAAGAUUAAGAAUCAUGGAGGAAGGCCUAGUCUUAAUACCCGACAUCACACGAAUCACGAAAACGAUAGAAAAAAUCACAUUAGAGAAUGUUGUCAUUUUAUAUAAUGUGAUUCAAUCGACCAAAAAAAUCUGCGAAUUUUUGGACGAUAUAAAAGGAACGCAAAUUGGACUUCAAAUCACAUUCCCUCUCAAAAAGUGUUUAGCGGAUCUUGUGAAUUAUGAGGAACUCGUCAACACGUUGAUCGAUCUCGACGCAGCGCACAACGGGGUCUAUCGGAUCCGCGACGACUUCGACGAGACUCUCCGAGACAUUCGCGAGAAGUUAGAUGAGAUCGACAAACUGUUUACUGCAGCUCAACUUCAAACUGCGAGUGACUUAGGUGUCAAAGCAGAUAAAGUGAAGUUAGUAGAAUACAACAGUAACACAGUCUUACGAGUAGCCAAGGGCAUAGAAAAGACGGUGAAAGCCGACAGUCGUUUCAAAGUCCUUCAGUCAUUGAAAGGUGAGUGUAAAUUCACUUUUAAAACUCUUCAAGAGCUUAAUGUGAAGAAAGCGGAGUUAGUGAAGAAGCAAGACAAAGUGUCACAAACGUUUGUGGAUGAGAUCGUCAAAGUUGUUGUUGGGUACAAAAGUUCAUUUGAAGAGAUUAGCAGUGUCGUUUCUUUGAUCGACGUCAUUCAAUCAUUUGCAACAACUGCCGUGAACAGCGAGGAGUCGUACGUACGGCCUGUUAUAACCGAAGACGCGGGGAACAUUAUAUUAAUGAAAGCGCGACAUCCUCUUGCAGAGACUUUGAGUAGUUCAGGGUUUGUUGAGAAUGAUGUGUACAUUAAUAGAGAAACGAGUCGAUUUCAAAUCGUGACUGGACCAAACAUGGGAGGGAAGUCGACGUAUUUGCGGAUGAUAGGGAUGUGUGUUAUAAUGGCGCAAAUUGGGAUGUAUGUGCCGUGUGAUAGUGCCGAAGUCGCCAUCUGUGACAAUGUGAUGUGUCGAAUUGGUGCUGGCGAUGACAUCGUUCAAGGCGUAUCGACGUUUAUGGCGGAGAUGAAAGACAGUGCGCAGAUCUUACGGAAAGCGACGAGUAAGACAUUAGUCCUCAUUGAUGAACUUGGGCGAGGAACAAGUACAUUUGAUGGGUUUGGGAUAGCGUGGGGGAUUUCGGAGUAUUUGAUUAAUGAAAUUGGCUGUUUUUGUGUGUUUGCGACGCACUUCCACGAAGUGACUGCACUUGAGAAACGGAAUGCGGGGGUGAAAAAUGUCCACGUUGUAGCGAGUAUAGUGAACAGACAACUUGUUUUGAAAUACAAAGUGAACGAUGGGAGUACUGAUCAAAGUUUGGCGGUGUAUGUAGCAGAGUGGGCGGACUUCCCCAAGGAAGUUGUUGAUGAAGCAAAGAAGAAAGCGCAUGAUCUUGAGUUAGAAACCGACUCGAAGAAGAAGUUAGAAACGUUCAAUGAGAAAAUGCCGAAUCGUGAGGUUAUAUAUGACAAUGUCACUCAACAAGUAGUGAUUGAAGGGAAGAGGAUCAUUAAAGAGUUUAAUGUGGCGCUGCGCCAAACUGAGCCAGAUAAGAUCGACCAAUUACGAGCGAAAUACAAGGCGAUGAUAUGCACCAACGAUUUCUUGAAGUUGUUAGAUCGUGUGAGUCAUUGA